UUUGUUCUCAACCCACGUUCAGACUUCAGUCUCAUUCAUAUAUUAUUAUUGAAUAUUGAUUAUAAUUUUUCUUGAAAGUUUUUUAUCGAUUUCAUCGUUUCCAAAAGAAAAGCAGACGAAUUUGUUGACAUUAGAACGAAAGAUUCGACACGUGUUAAGUGAUAAGCACGCGUUAAAAUUGACUACUCGUUAAUCCACAGAAACUUGCCAUUUUUUGGUACCAAACUUAAAGUACACUCAUUUUCACGACACACGAUUGUUUGAAGGCCUAUUUUCACUAGACAUAGAUAGUCAUUUGAAUGGUGCUGUUCCUAUCUGCAGCCCUGCAGUGUGCAAAAAUGUACAGUGGAAAAAAUCUGCUCAUCAUGCCGAUCUGCACAAUGCAAGCUUUCAUAUGCAUAUCUGUGACAAAUAUUUAUAAUAGCUAAACUGUUAUUGAACAUAGGACUAUACAGUAUUAAAAGACUCUUCCCUUGAGGAAAUUUGCAGCCGUGGACUUUCUUUAGAUGACUCUUGUAUCAAAUAUUUUCCUGCUUCUUGAAACAUGGAGCAUAGGAUGUCUUGAUGCCAACCAAACGUCCUCGGGAAAUAUUGUAAAAAGGUGUUUAAGCAGGAAAUACCUAAAGUCGGAGAACAGUACAUUUUUGUUUCCCGUUACUAGUUUUGUAAGACAAAUGUGGAGAUUGAUUCCACAAUUUUCAGCUUCCCGGGCAGACACCCAUCCACAAAGCCAUGGAGUCAGAGAAUGGUGUGUAAAACCUGAUAUUCUAGCCCUCAAAACCCCAGCUGUCCGUAUGCUUCAACAAGAGUUCCAACUCAGUUUACACACCGGAUGCCCCUACUAUACGACCCAGCAAUCUUUACUCCAGUGCCGGGAAUUUGUUAUGCUCUUAUGCAUGCAAUUGCUCAACAAGGAAUUAGGUGGAACGGUGAAGAGAAAAGAUGUUCGCUUAGAUGGGCAAUUCGAGAUCCAAGAAGAAAAGGAGUGCCCAUUGUUUAAAGGCUUAGAAACUUGGCAACUGGUAUUGCUGACCCAUAGUGACAGCGUCGAAUAGUUUGAAGAAGGGUUGCGUUGCGUCGCAAAAUAUUCGCGUCAUAUUAUUUCCGCCAUUGCUGAUACUGAACGUUAUCUUUACGGAGUCCAGUUUCGUCCUGAAGUUGAUUUUACUGAAAACGG